UGAUAAUGAUAUUUAAAGUCACAAUUUCUAUCUGUAAACCUUUAAAGUUAAACUCUUUAAAACACUGUUUAUCCUUUUACUGAAUUAGAUUUUCCAUAAUUUAUUCUGUACAAUUUUGAAGACACUGGGAUAUUGGGAGAAGUCCUAAAUAUCACCUGAUCGUUCUCCAAUAUUUCAUAGUUGAUUCAAUAGUCAAUGUUUGAUAAUAACAAGGGGAGAGCUAUUUUGAGAGUCAGCUUUGCAUAGGCUUGGCCAGGAUAACUUCUAAGACUGAUCCAAAAAGAAAUAUAUCAAAGUGAGUCUCUUGCUUUUCCAGUAAAUGGUGAUUUAAAAUACUCUAAUUCAGAAUUAAAUCUUCCAAGGAUGAACUUUAAUGGCUCAUGGCAAUAUUUUAGAUUGUAUCGAAACCCGAAAUACUGAUACUCAUUAAGUUCCCUUUUGGUAUGGGAACUCCUUAGAUUUCAAAAUUCUCUAAUGUUCUACAUGAGACUGUCUAAGAAGUGGGUACAUUAAGUCUCAUAGCUUGUUUAAUAACAUAAUCUGCAUACUCACAACCACCAAAAAUAUCUUUAAUAAGUUAAUUCUUUUGAAGAAGAACUACUUUUUUAGUGAUCCCUUGCUCUCAUAAACUUCUUUAUAACUCCUGGGUUGUUUUUGAUAAAAUAUAGCAUUCCUGAUGUUGUCUGGGAAGUUGUAUCAGAUUCAGCAAAUAGCAGGCGAAACAAAUCUGUCAUUAGUUUUUGUUCUGUGUGGACUUUCUUAGAUUUUAAUUUCCAAUACAGAGAAUCUUUAUCAUCAGAUUUCUGUAAGAAUUUCUUGAUUCAAUUUUCCAUCCUCCUGACAUUUCUCAUUAUUCUCCAAGAAGAGUCUCAAAGGCUGUUUCCGUUUAUAAGCAGAAAUACAAUCC